AGAGAUUUGUCUAUCAGCUGCAUCUAAUUCUGUCAGACUUUGAGAAUAUCCGAUGUCUUUUGAUUUAUUGUAAUCAAAAGGUGCGCUUACCUGGACCUACCUGAGCGUUAGGCUACUAUUAUACGAGUAGCGUUUUCUGUUGUAGCCAUAUAUGUAAUUUAUGUAAUUGCACAGAUGAUUUAAUGACGGAAAUUUAUGUGCGAAAAUGUGAGGAGAUGGAGUUUUGACCCCGUAAUUAAUUUAAAUCCUCCAGGAAGUCACAAAUUUAUUAAGUCUUAAAAGUAGCCUACAUUUCUCACUCCCUGUUUUUUACUAUUUGUUUCAGCAUCGUUUAACUAAUUUUUACAACUACAGUUAGAAAAGAAACGUGAAAAUAUUUUCACCCAGCGAGAACAUUAACCGUUCUCAGAACUUUGGAUAACGUUCUGGGAAGGUUCUCUCGAAGUUAGGAACGUUCUACCAGUAGGAUAACGUUCUUUUAAAGUUAUCUAGUAGGUCUAUUUAAUAAAUAAUAUUUUUUAUACAUCAUUCAUGGAGAGUUUGUUUUCCUGAAACGUGUUAGUUGAACGUUCAUCUGUUUUUUAAAUGUUAUAGCUAGUCUUUUGAAUAUUCUCUAAACAUUAGAGAAACGUUACCAUAGCAUGUUUGCAAAAUAAUCAAAUGGAACGUUCCCUAACGUUUUUUAAAACAUUUAGCUAUGGACGUUUUAAACGUCCAGAGAAAAUAACUUUUAUUACUUAAUUCGAACGUUAGCAAAACAUUCUCAGAGCGUGUUUUUGUUAGCAGAAAAAUUGCUUGCGAACUGAGGUAACCAAAAGCGGGCUGCUCGAGCGCUUCUGUCAGGAUUAUUUUUGGACGAUAUUUAAACAAAACACAAAAUUGCAAUUAUUUAACACUUACUAAAUCACAAAUACUAAACUAAAUAAUAAUAAAAAAGCUGACGAUUGCGAAUUUUUCUAGAACACCGGCCAAAAACGACAAGUACUGGUUCGCACUUCAAUAUAGCGACUUAAAAUUUCGACACCCUUGAAAGUCACUGUAUAAUUCGCACACUAGACUGUUAUCUGCAAUCUUCAGGUAACCGAGCCUCUGGCCAACACUGUCCUGCUUUCAGCUUUAGUUCUCGCCUGUGGAGGGAAGAUGACUUUCUACGAUGGCAUUUACCCGUUCUACCCGCUACAAAGAAGCCCGUUCAUUAUCGACAUCAGCCUGCUGGUCGUGAUCCUGGUUUUCUCGGUUCUGGCUGUCAGUUUCAUCGUCAUUCUACCAGGAAUACGUGGCAAAUCGAGACUGUUCUGGAUGUUCAGGAUAAUCAUUAGUUUAUUUAUUGGAGUUGUUUUAGUUGUGCUAAAUUUUACUGGAGAUUGGGCAGAAGCCAGAGUUAAGGCCAACGCCACCUACAAAUCGUUCAGUAACGCAGUGGUGUCUGCUGAGGUGGGACUGCAUGUGGGCCUUUACGGAAUAAACAUCACACUCAAAGGCGAGCCAGUAUCGCAGAUAAACGAGACCAUUAACUACAACGAGAUCUUCAGGUGGUCGAGCAGCGUGGAUGAGCAGUACGGUGAUGCGCUCGAGCGAGGUCUUCCCAACCCGAUCCUUUACAUAGCAGAGAAGUUCACACGCACCAGCGCUUGCGGGCUCAUCUACCAGUACAGAUACUCAGGCCGCUUCGCCUCAGCCAAUCUGUGGACGGCUUUUUGCUGCUGGCUGGUGGCCAAUAUCCUCUUCUCAAUGCCUGUCAUCCUCUACGCCGGCUACAUGAUGAUAGCCACGGCUGCUUUCAUCUUCUUCUCCAUGGCUUCCUUCUCAACUAUAUACAACGUGCCCCAAUGUGACUUCAGUAUAGGUGCAGAGUCCUUAAGGACAGACUACAGCUAUUCCUUCUGGAUCGCUUUGGCUACGGGUUUGCUGUGCGCAGUAAUUGGUUUGGUGGUGGUGCUACUGGACUGUCUAUUUCCUGCAAGGAUGAGGGAGGCGUUCAGUGUGGGCGUGGACAAUGAGGAUGACGAAUGCCAUACCGGUGAAGGAUAUCUCAACUCAGGCUUUCUAGAGGGAGUGAUCCAUGAUGACAACACACAGACGGGGAAUAGCUUUUUGCCUCAGCAGAUCACUACAUUAACAAGGCUUUGAGGGGCGGUUUGUUGUCGUCCACAACUACUACUUGAAAACUUGCAGACUGAAACUUGCUGGGAGCAGCUGUAUUUAAAAUUGUUACUGGUUCUAUUGUUCGGUUCUAUUGUUUUAUUCUAUUGUUCUACUGCAUAUACGCAUGUAUAUAUGUACAUAAUGCAAAAAAUAAAAACAAUUUAAAUACAAA